CUAAUGUGAAUCUCCACUUAUUUGCCUUUCUAGGAGGAAUAUUGCAGACCACCCUGCAGAUAGGGUGAUAUAGUCGCUUAACAAAAAGUGAGAGUUCUUUAGUGUGAUUUUCCAAAAGGAUAUUCUAAGAUAAUGAAAAGUAAUAAAAAAUGUUUUCAGGUUGGUUUGAAAACAAAUUCUUACUCGACAGCUUAAGAAACUAUGGCAUACAUCGAAGACAAAAAUCUGUUUUGCUUUUAACAUUUUGGUAUAUCCCUCCGCCCUACAAUUUUUGUUUGCAACAGUUGCCGCCAUACUUUGACAUGUUUUAAAAGGAAGAGAAUUAUGCCAAGCAAGCUUUGUGGGUUUCUGAAAUUUGGCAGGGAGGAGCCAUGUAUGAAAGUACAACGGUUGAGUGACAUGGGGAGUAGGAUUCUUUUGUUGGAGGGAAGGAUUCCUUUGAGAGUACUUCCUUGUGGCGAUGAGACUUCCCCUCGUGGGAGUGAGACCUUCGCUCAGGUUCCAGAAGGUGAGGUCAACAUGUGGUGAGGUCAACGUGGGGGCCAGAGGCAGCUUCUUCGGUUAGCCGGGGCUUUUCGGGCUCCUAAAACUUCCGUGAUCAAAAUAUCUUCUCUUCUUUUGGUCACUGUCCCUGAUUUUGACAUUGUCCACGCAUUAAAUGGUGUGCCUUUUGUUCCUGGGAAAAGCUAAUGCUAGCAGCUCCCUGUUCUUCCUGGCCUCUGGACUUGGCUGAAAACUCUGAAUUCAUCCCUUUUCUUCUCAGACCUCAGCCUUCGUCUUCUGUCAUCCAAAGAGCUCCAACCUGAUCUUUCAUUGAAGCUUCAUUCUCUCCCAAGGGAAUCAUCCUAUAGUCCCUGAUGUCAGUUUAUGUUCAGUGGUGUUUUGUGCUUCUGGCUCCAGAGAGAGGCCUGUAAAUCAGUCACAGAUAACGUCAAGAGCUUCAAAACAAAUGAAACUGGAUUUUUUUUAAAUCAAAUCAUGCCAUUUGAACAGCCACAGUUAUUUUGUGAUGAAACACAAGCUACUUUGAAAAAAGAGUAUGUUCUAAAAAAUGAAAUAGCUGAUACUGUCGGAUCAAUAUUUACACCAAAAAUUUCAGAAACUAGUUUUCAUUAUGAACUAAAAAAUGUAAACAUCAAUUUGCCGAAGAUAAAUAUUCCAAAUGAAAUCUUAACGAAAAAUGAAAUUGAAAAAUACAAAAUAUUAUUUCAGAGUAAACCACAAACUGCAAGAAAAUCCAUCAGUAUAAAGACCGUAAGCUGUGCGGAAGAGUGUGUGCGGCUUUGUAAGUCUGAGCGAGCUGAAGAAGAAGGUAUAAAAAUGUCUGCAAAAGUUCUCAACUUCAGUUGCUUCAAAUGCCAAGACAGUACUCAGUAUAGCCCAAACGAUUUGCAGAAACACUUUGAAAUGUGGCAUCAUGGUGAAUUACCUUCAUUUCCUUGUGAAAUGUGUAAUUUUUCAGCAAAUGACUUUCAGAUAUUUAAACAACACCGACAGACCCAUAGGAGCACUUUUGUAAAAUGUGACAUUUGUAACAGUGAGCGUUCAUAUACUUUAUUGGCCUUGACAAAACAUUUCACAUCCAAACAUUGUGUUAAUGGUAAUUUUCAAUGUGAAGAGUGCAGAUUCUUUACCCAGGACGUUGGCACAUUUGUUCAGCACAUUCAUAGACAUAAAGAAAUUCAUUAUAAAUGUGGUAAGUGCCACCACUUAUGUUUUACCAAAGGAGAGCUUCAGAAGCACCUUCAUGUUCACUCUGGCACUCUUCCUUUCACGUGUCAAUAUUGUAGCUAUGGUGCCAUCCAUAAAGACCAACUUGUGAGGCAUGUUAUAACUUUGCACAAAGAGCACCUGUAUGCGAAAGAAAAACUAGCAAAAGACCAGUAUGAACAAAGAAUGACAAAACCUUCCACAGGACUUAAGCUAAUACUUAAAAGAUACAGAAUAGGUUCAACAAAGACAUUUUGGAGACGUAAAAAAGUUACUGAUGGGAGUAACAGAAAUACAGAAAGAAAUUCUCACGUGCUCAAUAUAGUGAACAGCACACAGACUAAAUCUGAAAACCAGAGCCAACUUGGUCAAGAGCAUUUAAAUGAAGAAAAGGCUGAAAGACUAUACCGAGAGAAUGGUUACAAGCCCACAGGAUCAGAGUCUGAAAAGUCAACUGUGCUGUCCACUGCACAGUAUAAUAGAGCUGCAGAGGGAGCAAAUACUACUUCAAGUUUUCUAAAGAGUGGUCUCCAAGGGCCUACAGUGUUAAUGGUGAAAAAUAAUAAGAUAACAAUUCCUGCCAACUAUAGUGCUAAGUUUAUGGGCUUCAAGGUGGUGGAUGGAAAACAGCAUAUUGUAAUAAAGUUGUUGCCUACCAAUAAACGGAAUUUAUCUUCACCAGCUUCCCUGCCGGACACAGCAAAGGAUAGUACAGCUAACUUGAAGCCCCAGACUUUGGACAACACUGGAUUUUUAACUGGAGUAACAACAGAGGUGAGUGACGCAGUUUAUAUGAAAGCAACUCCAUUUUCACGUUCAUCUCCUAUACUUUCUGGGAAAGUAAGUUCUGGAAAAGAUACAGCUUUCAAACCAGAAAAGAAUAAUUUGCUUCAAACAAUGGAUAACAGUAGAAGUUUAUCUUCCUUGCCAACAACAUCAGAAUCAGUUACUGCAUCAGUGAAUUUGACCACAAAAGUUGAAGCAAGAGAUAAUGUUGAUUUAUGGGGAAAUCAUACCACUCAGAGUCAUCCAGAAGUAUUAGGUACCAUCAGUAAAAGUCCUGAUAAAGUGAACCUUACCACCAAGCCAAAUGCAUACAAUGGUAGAGAUAUGCAUAACUAUUGCAUUAAUUAUGUCAACUCUGAAUUAAAUGAUGAAUCCCCCAACCAUACUGAAUCCUACACCUAUGUUGACUCUUCCAACCAAGGAUCAUUACCUUUUCAUAAUUACUCGAAAGUGAAUAAUAAACGUCGUAAGUUUUCAAGAACAGCAACUUGUGAAAACCUUCAGAGGGAAUCUUCAAGCAAAACAGUUCAACAGCCAACUAGUGAUACAGUUUUAUCACCAGUGAGGAAGGAGAGCUCAAACUCGGAGAGCGUGUUAGCAUCUGACAGCCCUUUAACUGGUAAAGAUGAAACUUUAAAAACAAAAGCUGAAAUUGAAGAACAAUACAAGUUAAAAGAAAGACAACGCAUUGAUGAACAAAGCCUGUUCACGAAUGAAAACCAAAAUUCAUUGAGUGUGACUGAAGACUCUAAAUGGAAUGACAUUCCUAAUGGUGGUGGCUCACCCAUGAUGCCUAGAAUCACAUCUGUUUUCUCUCUCCAGAGCCAACAGGCUUCAGAACUUUUGCCACCUGAAAUAAACCAGUUACUUCAAGAUAUAUUAAAACCAAAAUCUGAUGUAAAGGAAGACUCUAAUAACAUUCCAAGUAAAAACCUACCCAUUGAUUGUGACAAGUCAUUUAGAAAAGCCGAGGAGGAAGAAAUGGUAGCAGAGUCCUCAAAAGACUUCCAGAUGCAAGGUGUCUCCCCAGUACCCUCUGCCAGUGUAGGUGUUAGUGUUCCUGCAGAUGAUCUGAAUUUAAAAUGUAAUAGAAAAGAAAACCAAGUUCUGCUAGCAUCACAAGAUGUCAGAGAGUCAGAGUUGACACCUAAAAUUCCAGGUAUGGCCACACUACUUAAGACUCAGUCAGAUGCAAUAAUAACACAGCAGCUUGUAAAAGAUAAACUCCGAACACAAAAUUCAGGUUCUGUAUAUAUGCAGAAUCCAAUUCUAACGUCAGAACAGAGAAACCCUGUAUUUGUUCAAACUCCGAAAGGUUUUUUUAUACCACUGCAUGUGGCUAACAAGCCUGGAUUCCAUGUUUUUUCUGGAAGACAACUUCCACUGGUUAAUACACAGAGUGUACCUGCUUCCCUCCUUGUAAACAAAAAACCUGGGAUGAUUUUGACAUUUAAUAAUGGGAAACCUGAGGGUGUGCCCAUUGUCAAAACUGAGACUGCUCAUGCUUAUGGAACUGUGACGAAGGAACCUUGCAAAACAUCUUUCCUAAAGGUGGAACACAACCACAGUAACUGUUUGACACCUGCUGUUUGUUCCAGCAUUGGCAGUUGCUCGAACAUGAAAAGUAGCUCAGAAAAUGCAUUGCCAUUAAGAGGUCCUUACAUUAUUAAAACAUCAGCAAGUUCUUCAGUGAGAGCUGUUCCUUUUCCUAAUGUUCUACCUGAGCAGCAGGGCCCCAAGAUGAAUAUCUUGGAUUCAAUAAAGCAGCAGAAUGAAAGUUUCCCCAAAGCACCUCUUUAUACCCUCUAUCCUGAUGGCAAACAAGCUGUUUUCUUAAAGUGUGUGAUGCCAAAUAACACUGAAUUCCCUAAGCCUAAAUUAGUCCAGAAUAGUACUUAUCAAAAUAUACAGCCAAAGAGACCUGAAGGAACACCACAGAAAAUACUGGUGAAAAUUUUUAAUCCUAUUCUAAGUGUGAGUGCUGCUAGUAAUCUCUCUGUUAGCAAUUCUGCAUCCCUAUUACAGAAGGAGAAUGUACCAGCUAAACCAACAGGACUUGGAGAACAGAAAGAGCCAGAAUCCUCUAGGGAUGCCUUACCAGUCUUACUAGGUGAUGUGAUGCCAGCAAAUGCAACUGUUCUUAAUUCUACUGCAGCAUGCCCGGAAUCUUCUGAGGAACCAGUAUGUAUCAGUGAGCAUUCAGAAGCCAGAGUAUUAAAGUGUAAAACAAAUUGUACAGUUGAGGGAAGUUUCAAUAGAAGAAAGACAUGCAAAAGUAAGUUUGCAAAAAUAAAAACUCGUAUAGUAAGUCAAGAUUCUGAAACUGCCUUUGUAUCUACAAGUCAAAAUCCUGAAACUGCCUUUGUGUCUAGAAACAGAAGUUGUAAAAGAAAGUAUAGUGAUAAUUACCAAGAACGUCCAAGAAAAAAAUUAACAUCACAUAAGAAGUAUAAAGAAAAGGCUAAAGCUGAAGAUGUGCAGGAAACAUUUGGACUCAACAGACCUAGGCUUUCAAAAAAUUCAGUUAGAACUUUGAGACUUUUCCCUUUUAGUUCCAAACAGCUUGUGAAAUGUCCUAGGAGAAACCAACCCGUCGUGGUUUUGAACCAUCCCGAUGCAGAUGCCCCAGAAGUAGAAAGUGUAAUGAAAACUAUUGCAAAGUUUAAUGGACGUGUAUUGAAGGUUUCAUUGUCAGAAAGAACUAUCAGUGCUUUACUGAAACCAGUUUAUUGUAACACUCCUGAAACAACUGACAAUGGUUUUUCCAAGAGACAGAAAACAUUUAAACCUAUUAAUUCUGUGGAAGAAAGGUUUGUGCUAAAAUUAACACUGAAAAAGACAAGCAAAAAUAAUUACCAGAUUGUAAAAACUACCUCUGAAGAUGUCUUGCAAGCUAAAUUUAAGUGUUGGUUCUGUGGUAGAGUAUUUGACAAUCAGGAUGUGUGGGCUGGUCAUGGGCAGAGACAUUUAAUGGAGGCUACUCGGGAUUGGAAUAUGUUAGAAUAACUUAAUGUAAUUACCAAGCAAAAGUAACUACCUUAGAAGAAAACAGUGGGUUAAGUUACCAUAAUGCAGGUAUUUGCUACUUCAUUAUCAUUUUUGAACACUGUAAAAGUUGGUUAUAGUUCCAUGGAAGAGCAAAGCUUUAUGUGUGGUACUUGAAAGUGCCACAGUGCACGUUUUGAAAGACAUGAAUCAAUGCAGCUAGACCUUGAUUUGAUUGUUCAAAAAUGUGUCUGGGAGGUUAGAGCUAAGGAAAUUUUUGAUAAAAGUUUUCCCAGUUGAGUUCUUUUGAGACUCUUACUAGAGGGUAAUGGUGGACGGGCCCAUUCCCUUUUUCUCCCACCAGCCUUAUGGUUCUGACAGAUGUAGUUCCUCUGAAGAUGGAGAGCUCUUUCACACAUGAAUGGGUUUCUUACCACUUGUGGAGAUGGACUGUGAGAGCUUUGGGGUAAAGGAGUUACCUCUAUUAUAGUUCAUUUGGAAGGUAUUAGGUUCCUUGUGAAACCACAUGUAAUUUAGCUGUAGGUAAACUUGGAAAUAAUGCUUGAAGAGUUUCAGGCAAGUAACUCUUGUUUCCUGUUACUCUGUGCUCUAUCAGAUUGCUCACCCCCCACCCCCAGAGAAUUUUCUUUUCAAUGGCUGUGUCAGUCAUUGCAGUAAAUGGGGCAGCCUCGAGAAGAAUUAAGCUUUGUCUGAUGUUUACCUGAACUUCAACAGCUUUCUGAAUUUGGUUAUAUUCUCCAGUGAUCCCCUUGCACAGAGCUAUGCUUAUCUGGUUGAAAUUGUCCAUAACCAAACAGCCAUUUUUCCUCCCUUGGUUGCCAUCCCUUCAAAAUGAACAGAAAGAACGUAGGAGCACUUCAAAGGCAAUGGCUUUUCUUGAAAAUUAAAACAGUUUAUUUUUACAGAGAUAAUAUUUUGAAGCAAGAUUAGCAAAACCAUAUUUUUGUUUGUUUUUAAUUACUGGUCUUGUCUAAACAUGUCCACAGUAGGACAGACAUUUUUGUUAGUAACUUUUCAAGAUGACUGACGACCCAAAAUAGCUAUGUAUUAUUUGUUGGCCUUUGAAGUGAGCAUUAACAGUGGACUCAGCAGCGGUUCAUAAAACUUGAGGAUAAAUUCCUAAGAAACAUGUUCAACAAUUUUUAAAUGGAUAUUUUCAUAACAAUCCAUAGAUAUAAAGCUUUAUCAUAUAAGUUUGCAUUAAUUUUUUUUCUUCAUUGGCUAAUGGAGUUCUUGUAUUAGAAAAUUACAUACUUGAUAAUUUUUUGUUACUAUACAUAGUAAUAGCAUUUUCAUGGAUUGGAUUAAAACUUCAGGGCUUAUUUUUUGUACAUAACAAAAGUUAAAUCUGUACAUAUUUUUGUACUUGGUUAUGUAAAUUUUGCACAGAAAGUUUUUGACAUAAAAAUUUAUUUUCUUUUGGUUCUGUGCAUGCACUAAUAAAAGUGGUUAAUUUAAAAAGAAUAUUGAAGACUGUACCCAUGUUAUUUUCUUGAUUUUCAUUUCUGAUGUGGGUUUUUUGUUUUGUUUUUUGUUGGGGGGCAUUGAUUUUUCAGGGAUUAAACACUAUUGUUAGCAAGUGCCUAAAAAUGAUGUGAAACAGUUUACAUAUGUCAAUUGUAACAGUAGGUCUGAAAUGGACCCAUUUCCCUUAUAGUUUUAUUUUAAAGAAAGCCAUAAUAGAUUGCUUCAAGCUAUCUUGCUAUGCACAUUACACUUGUACUGAUUUUGUGCAGUUUAUCUACUUUCUUAGUGGAGUAUUUUUUGAUAAAACCUGUUAAAAUUGUGUUUCUUAAAUUGAGCUCAAGUGGAAUUGAUUGGAAAUACACAGUAUAUAUUAAUAAUGUAUACAAUGUUUAAAGAAUGGUAAGCUCUGUUAAUUUUGUUGUUCAUUGUUAAUGAAGGUUUUCUUCAAUUAAAUUUAUCUUAAGCUUGUGUUUA